GUUGUAGUGAAAGCCCUUGAGCAGCUCGCACAUGAUGGCAAAAUUAAAGAGAAGGUGUACGGGAAACAGAAGAUUUACUUUGCUGAUCAGAGUCAAUUUACAGCGGUCGGUGAAGCGGAUCUGAAGGCACUCGAUAAUCAGAUCCGAGAGCUGAGUGAGAAGUUCAGCAGCAUUCAGCAGAGCUGCCGUCAGAUGGAAACAGAACUUAAGGAUCUCAAUAAUUCGAUGACGACUGAAGAGAUGUCGGUGAAAAUUGCAGCCUUAAAGCAAGAAUGUGCAUCUCAUCAGGCGAGACUGCAGAAGAUCAAAUCUACGAGCAAUCACGUGACCCCAGAGGAGAAGGAGCAG